AAUCGGCUUCACCGAAAAGAAAAAGUUUUAAAAGGGGAGAAUGUCCUGGAACCCUCGAAUCGAUUGAAAAGAGUAGGGGGUAUGAGCCGCGAGUAGGCUUCCUCAUUUCGCAUCCGCCGUUUAUCGAAUACCAUACUAGAAGGAAACCGAUCAAAAACGAUGGACGCCAUGGAGUCCGACAUGCCGAGCGGUAGUGGGGAUAUGGAGGAGGAUGCCGGUGGCGGGCUGGCUGCCGCCGCUGGCCACCGCGUCGACGCCCACCAAAGCGCUUGGAGUCUACUCUCCUUGGCCCGCCAGCUCAUCGACCAGGGCAAGCCCUCUAUAGCUCUCCAAGCCAUAAUGGCAGCCAUGAGAUCUAAAGGUGGAGAACAAGCUGUCUUCCGAACUCUGAACUGUGCCCGUGAGCUCUACAAGAGCAAAAUGCAGGCUAAUGCUGCUGUGGAUGACCUGGCCUCCUUGUUUGCAGAAUGUGCUAUAGCUGAAGCACAACCUCUAAGAUCUGACCUACCAUCUCCUUGUGCAGCUGUUCCUUCCAUUCUGAUUGAUGGUAAUGACACAUCCAUACUUGCAAUGAGUGGAAGGAAGCAGAUUAUGUUGGAUGCCUUUGCAGAUGGGAGCAGUUUUGUUUGUUUGCGGUGCGGGGGCCUUGUCAGUAAUCUACGCAAGAAGGAACAUCUGGCAUACUGGUGUGGCCAGGUCUGAUCUGAGCAACAUGACUUUCUUGCAUUUCUGCUGUUAUCUGUCUCCAUGUAUCAUCAUUGUCCUUAGCAGCAGCAGCACCAUAAUCAUAUAAACAAUGAUCGGGUGUUAUUUGCCGAAUUGCCUGGUCCCAUAUUCCAGAAUGUAUGAUGCACAUGGCACUAUUAGCGGAUAGAUCACGAUUCAAAAGUGCAGUAGACUGUUCGAAACUUCUGUUUUCUGCUGAAAGCUUUCUAGCAUGCUUGCAUGUGUACGCUGUAUAAAACAGCAGUAGUUGUAUAUGUUGGCUGGUUCUCCAGCUAAUAAAGUUGUGACACUAAGGAAGAUUUCUUGAUCCAUGGUCUUGUCCAAACUCUUGCAGCAAGUGUAACAGAGCCUGGAGGCAGUUUACUGCCUCACUGAAAUAGAAUUGCUCAUGGCUGUCAAGGUGAGUACAACAUUUAAGCAA